AUGCGUUUUGGCAAAACAUUGAAAAAAUCCACGUACGCCCCGUGGAGUGGCAAAUACAUUGAUUACCACCGUCUGAAAGUCCUCUUGAAGGAACAUGAUGUCACCGGAGACGGAAGUGACUCGGACAGCAGCCAAUGGACCGAACAAGAUGAGGAGGCCUUCGUGCAGGAACUGAUCAACGUUCAGCUGGACAAGGUCAAUGCUUUUCAGGUGGAGACCUCUCAGCAAUUGAGGGAGCGAACCUCCGAGUGCGAAUCGAAGUUGCGGCCGUUGGCACCGGACACCGACCAGGAGACGCCGGCCGUCGCGGACGAGGCCAAGAGGCGCUCUCUAGCAUCCGAAGUCCUUCAAAAACUCGAUGGGAUUACGAGAGAAGUCAGCGAGCUGGAGAAAUACAGUCGCAUCAACUUUACAGGAUUCCUCAAGGCGGCCAAAAAACAUGAUCGCAAGCGGGGGGCUCGAUACCGUGUUCGACCUCUACUGCAAGUGCGUCUGUCACAACUGCCGUUUAACUCGGAGGACUACUCUCCCCUGGUCCGUCGGCUGUCGGUGAUGUACUCUUUUGUUCGCGAGAUUCUUAGCCAAAGCGAGGUCGAAAAUAAAGACCCCGAGGCGCCUCGUUUCGGCCAGGAGUCAUACUCGUCAUUCAAGUUCUGGGUGCAUCCUGAUAACGUUCUGGAGGUGAAAACGUACAUUCUGCGACGAUUGCCGGUCCUCAUCUAUAACCCGGGAACGUCGAAGGAGCCUGAGACCCUCCCUGACGACCCUACGAUCACGUCCCUCUACUUUGACGACCCGCAGUUCGAUCUCUACACGCAGAAGGUUGCCCGAGCGCCUGAAGCUGGUUCUUUGAGACUCCGAUGGACCGGAAAUCUGAAGGACAAGCCUGCCAUCUUUCUAGAGAAGAAGGUCGUCACGGACGAUGAUCGCAGCCGGGAGGUCCGAGUGCAGUUGAAACAAAAGCACGUGAAGGAAUUCUUGGAGGGGGAGUAUCGGUUUGACAAAAAGGUUCACCGCAUGGAAGACAGCGCCAAUGGUGAAACAGGGGAAGCAGAGUCGUUCAAGAGGGAUGUCAGUGAGCUGCAGUCGUUCGUCAAGGAGAACAAUCUGCAGCCGAUGCUCCGGGCCAACUAUACCCGAACGGCUUUCCAGAUUCCGGGCGACGACCGAAUUCGUAUCUCCCUCGAUACAAAUCUGGCCCUGAUUCGGGAGGACAGCCUCGACGCCGAACGUCCCUGUCGGGAUAGCAAUGAAUGGCAUCGCACGGAUAUCGAUGAUGCCGGCAUGGAAUAUCCCUUCGGUACCAUUCGAACCGGAGAGAUCGUUCGCUUUCCCUACGGUCUGCUGGAGAUCAAAUUGAGAGGGUCUACGGCACACAAGGCGGAGUGGGUGAACGAUCUCAUGGUCUCUCACCUCGUAAAGGAGGCCCCUCGUUUCUCCAAAUUUGUUCAUGGCGUUGCUCAGCUCUUUGAAGAUUAUGUUAACAGCUUCCCCUUCUGGCUUGGGGAGAUGGAGAACGACAUCCGGCGGGAUCCCGAAACCGCGUGGCACGAGGAACAAGAGCGACUGGCGAAACGUGCCGAGGAAGAGAUGGCAGUGGGCAGCUUUCUGGGGAACAAGGCGAGUCCUACGGUUAAGCCUAUGGUCGGAUCUCCCGUGACUCGGAUCUCGGAGCAGGAGCCUUCGUCACGACCGCGACAGAUCUCGCAAACAGCGGCGCCGGGCCCGGCAGAGCGCGAGCAGCCGCAACCCCAGGAGCCCGCAGCUGAGCAGCCGGAUUCAAAGCCCAUGAAUUUGUCUCGCCUGGCCUCGCUGUUCCCUGGAUUCCCCCGUUCUCGUCGUCCACAGGACAUAUCCGCGCCCCUGCCGCCCGGCGUCCGGGAGCCAGGGACGUGGAUCAAAGACUCGGGUCCUGUGCGCGUGGAAAGCAAGGUGUGGCUCGCUAAUCAGCGCACGUUCAUCAAGUGGCUCCAUAUCAGUAUCCUGCUCUCCUCGUUAUCUCUAGGGUUGUACAACGCGGCGGGAAAGCACAACGAUAUCGCCCGCGCCCUAUCCAUCGUCUACACUGGCUUCGCCAUCUUCUCCGCCGCCUGGGGCUGGUAUAUGUAUGAGAAGCGGGCCCGGCUGAUCCGGCAGCGAAGCGGACGCGAUCUCGACAAUACGUUCGGCCCGAUCGUGGUGUGUAUCGGAUUGGCUGUGGCUCUGGUGCUGAACUUUGCCUUUAAGGUAUGUGUAACCGCAACCCCCGGACACGAUGCGUCGGGAUCUCACUUUUCGGACGGUGCUAACGGCAAACCACCGCAGUAUUCCUCAACUCUUGAGAAGAUCAGGAGUCAACAGUCUCCCCUUGACAUGGCUCCGGUGCAGACCCCGGGUACCUUGCCCCUAGUCAACCAAGGAGGCCAGACGCUGUGA